CACAAACACAAAAAGUAAUUAAAGAGCCAACACACACACACACGAACACAAAGAGGGUCAAAAUCCCAUUCAUUUGUAUAUGUGUGUGCAUUUAUGUGUGUAGUGAAUAACUUAAUUUUAAUAGUAAAAAAAAGAAAAAAAAAUAACUUAAUUUCCAUUAAAUACCCCAUCCAGCUUAAUGCUAUAGGAAACGUCUUUCCACAUAAAUUUAUAUUUUAUUUUACUUUCCUCGCUUGAUUACAUAUAAAACCAACCUAUAUAUCUCUAUAGUUUUCAUACAAGCUCAUCACAGUGACCAAAGAUCCAACUCUAGCUAGCUAGAAAAAUGCCUAAGCCCCUCCAAAAAUCCCUUCAACAUUACCUCUCUAAGAUCCAAAAACCCUCCACCCCACAUUUCCAUUUGCCAUCUAAACCUGAUCUCUCAUCUUCUACUAGUUGGAUUCUUAGAGGCUGCAAGCACCCCAAGGCCCUAUCAUUCUCCCUUGCUCGCAAGCAAGACAACGAUCAUGACAAUUCAGCUGCGACGUUGUCUGAGAUCGGUCACUUUUUAUUCGAGAAUUUCAAGUCACUAUAUCGAAAGGUGGACGAUGUUGAUGACAAUGAAAAUAAAUUAGGUGAUGAAAAUGGUGAGGAACAAUAUUCAGAGGGGUACAUGUUUGACUCCCCUAGCCCUAGGUCUAUUCAUCCACCACCAGACCUUUGUGGAUCGACACAUAGGUUUUUCGUGGAGUCCGGUUCGUCAAGCUCGCUAAUCAUGUCCGAGGACAUGGUGGGUUCAAGCUCCACCACCAAUACUAGUCUUAAUGAUUCAACAAGACCUAGUGAUGUUGUUAAGGAAGAGAUGGGUCCUGAGGACUUUAUCAUGGUUUUAACGUACUCUAAGAAUCCAUACGAUGAUUUUCGACGUUCCAUGCAAGAGAUGAUCGAAGCAAGAUUGCAACAUAAUGGUAGGGCUGAUUGGGGUUUCAUGGAAGAGCUACUGUUUUGUUACUUGAACUUGAAUGACAAGAAGUCGCAUAAGUACAUACUGAGUGCUUAUGUGGACAUGAUUGUCAUUUUACGUUGA